AUGGUCUCGACACACGACUCCCCGUCUCCAAAGCUACGAGUGGCUGUUGCUGGCGGCGGUAUUGCCGGCCUGAGCAUCGCCAUCGCCCUGAGAAGACACGCAGGCGUUGACAUACAGAUUUACGAGCGCACAAAGCAGUUCCGGGAAAUUGGUGCCAGCAUCAGUCUGGCGCCUAAUGGACUUCGCACGCUGGAGAAGAUCGGGGCCAGCAAUGCACUCGACAGUGCGGUGUGCACAAGGCAGAAAUCCGAUAAUCCCAUGAUAUACAGACAUUGGAAGACCGGGGAGGUCAUUGCUACCGAUGUCCACAAGACUGUCACGACGAAAAGACACUUUACAGCACGGUACCAUCGGGCCCAUUUACACAAAGCUCUUCUCGAGAACGUGCCCAGCGAGAUUGUUCAUCUGGGCAAGAAAAUAGUCCACAUAGAAGUGGAAGUGGAGGGUGGAGGGGUUACUCUAUCAUUCGAAGACGGCACGACUGCUGAGGCAGAUAUCUGCAUUGGUGCAGAUGGCCUACACUCUAACGUCCGCAAAGCCUUCGUGCCAACUCAUACGCUCCGUGCGACCGGCUGGGUGGCUCUUCGUUCAACUCUAGAAUCUUCGCUCCUCAACGGCAUUGACUUCCCGGAAGAUGCUGCUCAUUGGAUCGGUCCGGAUCGGACAUUCUUCCAUUCUCACCUAGGAAAGGGGCUCUUCACAGUUGUAGGCAGUCUUCAUUUCGAUCCGGCAGAACCAAAUGAAGACAUGAAAUGGGACCAUUCCUACAGCAUGGAUGCCUUCAAAAGGCUCUACGAAGGCUGGCAUCCCGCGGUCCGCUCCUUGAUCGAUGCGACACCGACCACUCGACUGUAUCCCAACAUGGCCGGCAGCCCUCUAGAUACUUGGGUCUUUGCCAAUCGCGUCACGCUCGCCGGCGAUGCAGCGCACACGCACGGCGGCGCGUUCGCCGCCGGAGGAUCACUAGCUAUCGACGACGCAUAUGCCUUGUCAUUGGCUUUGGAACACGUCUGGCCUGCAGCGUCGGCGCAUCUGCGGAAACCAACGGACGAAGAACUCGCCGCAGUGUUCCGUCUAUACGAGGCGACGCGAAAACCACACAUCAACAAGAUCAUGGCUGCGGCGAGCCAGCAGGUCAUUGGGAACAAAGCCAAAUCGGCGCCGGACGAGACACAGACAGAGAAGUUCUUGAGACAGCGGGUGGACAGCCGGCCAGACCCUUCGUGGAUCAGCGAACACGAUGUCGAGAAGGCAUUCCAGACUGCUGUUCGCGAGAUGGAGACUGCGCGGUCUUGGUGCGUGAUAUUGUAG